AUCUGUCCUUUGGAAAUGAAUCAGGAACUGCUCUCUGUAGGCAGCAAAAGACGGCAAACUGGUGUCUCUGUGUGAGGUAACCCUUCCUCAAGCCAGGCCAAUAUGGAGCAGAUGAAUCGUGUGGUCGAAGAGGAACAGCAGCAGCAGCCUAGACAAGAGGAGGAGGAACACACUGCACGGGACAGCGAAUUUGUCGGAGCAGAACCUCGAGCUGGGGAGCAGAAUAGUUCCCAGCAAGUUCAGCAGAAAGAAAACAACAAUCUAUUUAUUUCGAUAGAUGAGGACUCCUCAGCAAACCAGGAAGAACAAGACGAAGACGAAGAACAUACUGGUAAACAAGAUGAGGGGGACGAAGAAGAGGAAGAAAUGAACCAAGAGAGUGAGGAUUUUUCUCAGUCUGAUGACACUAGUAGGGAAGAUGAACAUACACACAGUAACAGUGUCACAAACUCCAGUAGUAUUGUGGACCUGCCUAUUCAACACUCUUCUCCAUCCUAUACAAAGACAACACAAAUGAAAAGAAAGUUGGACCAUGAUUCUGAGUCCUGCUCUUUUCCUUUGGGAAAGAAACCAUGCGAAGUCUCAGAAUAUACAAGUACCACUGGAAUCGUACCAUAUACAGCAACACCACCAACUUUCGGAGACCUGACAGCAGCCAAUGGCCAAGGGCAGAACCAUUGCCAGAUUACAUCUGUCCAACCACCUAUAGGCCUGCAGGAAUGGCUGAUAAUGUUUCAGAGCUGGAAUGGAUCAGAAAAAUUGCUGGCGUUAGAUAAACUCAUUGAUAGUUGUGAACCAAUCCAAAUAAAACAUAUGAUGCACACGAUAGAAUUCCAGUUUCAACAAGACUUGAUUUUCUUGCUCCCUAAAGAGUUGGCGCUUUAUGUGUUUUCAUUCUUGGAACCCAGAGAUCUGCUACAGACAGCUCAGGUCUGCCGCUCCUGGAGAAUUUUGGCUGAAGACAACCUUCUCUGGAGAGAGAAAUGCAAAGAGGAGGGUAUUGAUGAGCCAUUGCAUAUCAAGAGAAGACAACCAGGCUUCAUUCACAGUCCAUGGAAAAGUGCAUAUAUCAGAGAGCACAGAAUUGAUGCUAACUGGAGGCGAGGAGAGCUCAAAUCACCCACGGAGAUGAAAGGACAUGAUAAUCAUAUCAUCACAUGCUUGCAGUUGUGUGGUAACUGGAUAGUUAGUAGUUCUAAUGACAGCACUUUAAAAGUCUGGUCAGCAGUCACAGGCACAUGUUUGAGGACAUUGGUGGGGCACAUCGGGGGCGUGUGGUCAAUACAGAUGAGAGACAAUAUCAUCAUUAGUGGCUCUACAGACCGGAUGCUCAAAGUGUGGAAUGUGGAGACAGGAGAAUGUUUACGCACCCUCUUUGGGCACACAUCCACUGUGCGCUGCAUGCACCUCCAUGAGAAAAGAGUUGUGAGUGGCUCUCGAGACACCACUCUCCGGGUCUGGGACAUUGAAACAGGCCAGUGUUUACAUGUUUUGAUAGGUCAUGUAGCCUCGGUCCGCUGUGUUCAGUAUGAUGGCAGGAGGGUUGUUAGCGGAGCAUAUGAUUGCAUGGUGAUGGUGUGGGAUCCAGAAACCGAGACUUGUCUGCACAUGCUGGAAGGACAUAUUGAUAGAGUCUAUGCAUUACAGUUUGAUGGCAUCCAUGUGGUGAGUGCCUCUCUUGAUACAACAAUUCGAGUUUGGGAUGUGGAGACUGGGAACUGCAUUCACACGCUGACAGGCCACCAGUCGUUGACAAGUGGGAUGGAGCUCAGGGGCAAUAUUCUUUUCUCUGGGAACGCUGAUACCACAGUUAAAAUCUGGAAUAUCGAGACAGGACAGUGUUUAGAAACCUUGCAAGGUCCCAACAGACAUCUGGGUGCUGUGACCUGUUUACAGCUCACCAAGAACUUUGUUAUUACCAGCUCAGAUGAUGGAACUGUAAAACUCUGGGACUUGAAAACGGGAGAAUUUAUCCGGAAUCUUGUCACCUUGCAUAGCAGAGGGAUCGGUGGCAUGGUGUGGCUGAUCCAAGCCUCCAAUACAAAGCUGGUGUGUGCUGUUGGAAGUCGGAAUGGAACUGAGGAAACCAAGUUGUUGCUGUUGGACUUUGAUGUGGACAUGAAGUGAGGAGCGCCAAGAGAAAUCUGUCCACUUGUGUAGGCGAUAUACUCCCUACCCUCUUCCCCUG